CUCUUUUCUGACAAAAAAAAACCAAACCUUUUUCUUUUUUUCUUCAGAAAGAUUAAAACUUUUUUCCAAAACAAAAAAAAAGCGUUAUUCAUCCACCCAUGAGAGUGUUUCCUCGUUUCCUUGACACAUGUGUUUCGCAUCAUUCGUCAUAAUUAAAUAAAAAGAAGAAGAAGAAGACGAAACUGACUUACCAAGCAAAGCAGCUUCAGCCAUUAACAAUCCUCGACAUGCCUCUGCCUUAUUGAAUUUCUCCAAAAAACAUGUCCAAGAACUCACCAGUCGAAGAAGAGAAGCCAAUCUCCGAAGCUCUGAAGAGAUUCAAGAGGUCGAGGCUCGUCCUCGAGCCGUCUCUAGGAGUGUUGGGCUUCUUCUUAGUCGGUCUCUGUCUCGUAUGGAGCUUCUUCUACUUCGAUUACCGAACCGCGGCGAAAAGCUACAACCUUUCUGAUAAAUCAGACAGAUUCGUUUGGCUCAAACUCGAAAACAACAAGAGUAGCACUACUAUUAGUUCAAACAGAGUUGGGUUUCUAGAAGAGAGUGGAGACGAGUGCGAUGUCUUCGACGGAGACUGGGUCUGGGACGAGUCGUAUCCUCUGUAUCGAUCCAAAGAUUGUAGAUUUCUCGAUGAAGGGUUUAGGUGUAGCGAGUUUGGUAGGUCUGAUUUGUUUUAUACUCAGUGGAGAUGGCAACCGAGACACUGUAAUUUGCCUAGGUUUGAUGCUAAACUGAUGCUGGAGAAGCUAAGGGACAAGAGGCUUGUGUUUGUUGGAGACUCAAUAGGAAGGAACCAAUGGGAGUCUCUUCUCUGUCUACUCUCUUCUGCUGUCAAGAACGAGAGCUCGGUCUACGAAGUGAAUGGGAGUCCCAUCACAAAGCACACUGGUUACUUAGUGUUUAGAUUCAAGGACUACAACUGCACGGUGGAGUACUACAGAUCUCCAUUCUUGGUUCCACAAGGCAGACCACCGAGAGGUUCACACAAGAAGGUUAAGACAGCUUUGAAGCUGGACACUAUGGAAUGGACUUCUAGCAAGUGGAGAGGUGCGGAUGUUUUGGUGUUUAAUACGGGGCAUUGGUGGAACUAUGGGAAGACUAUUAGAACGGGAUGCUACUUUCAAGAAGGAGGAGAAGUGAAGUUGAAGAUGAAUGUGGAUGAUGCGUAUGAGCGAGCUUUGGAGACGGUUAUGAAAUGGAUACAUACCGAAGUCGAUUCUAAUAAAACUCGAGUCUUCUUUCGAACAUUCGCCCCUGUGCAUUUCAGGGGAGGAGAUUGGAGAACGGGAGGAACAUGUCACAUGGAGACACUACCUGAGAUUGGAACUACCUCAUUGGUUUCAUCAGAGACAUGGGAACAGUUAAAGAUCCUAGGAGAUGCGUUAUCACAUUACUCCAACAGAUCAGAAACUGUUAAGUUGAAAGCGUUGAACAUCACAGCAAUGUCUGCUCAAAGAAAAGAUGGUCACCCGUCGAUUUACUAUCUAGGCUCUCUUGGUCCUGCACCGCUUCAUCGCCAAGACUGUAGCCACUGGUGCCUUCCCGGUGUUCCUGACACGUGGAACGAGCUCAUGUAUGCGUUGUUUAUGAAACAAGAAGCUUCUUCUUCUAGAAGAGUCAAGGAAGCAAAUGUCACAGUGUCAUGACGUUGGAUAGAACAAGGGGAACAAACAACAAGCUCUUGUUUCUUCUGCACUUAGUGUUUUCUUGGAGAUGCUAAGCUCAAAAGAUCUCAAAGGGUUUGUGAUUUUUUUUGAUGGAGGGAUUAUUUUUCAUUGGAUGGGGAAUAUGUAAUUAGGUUGAUAAUCUUUGUAAAGAUUAAGAUCUCGAACGAUAUUAAAGUUUCAUACACAAAGAUCGAGUUACCUCAUAUAAAUUACAUUUUUCUGGGGAAAGACCGCAAAUAUUGUAAAGAUCAGGGCAAGUUUUACAAUUAU